GCUGCCUCCCCAGAGCGCCCGUUCCCUCCACCACUCGCCGCAGCUCUCCCGAUGCCACCCGUUCCAGGGAGGCUGCUUGGUUUGGGAAGGUAUUCCGCAGGAGUCGCCCCCUCCCUUGGGGCGCAGCUGAGGACUGCGAGGUGCGUCCGAGGGCCGAAAAUCUGAGAUCGAUUCUGAGUUCAAGGAUCAAGUCUGCCCUCAAACCAUUUUACAGAUCGGGAAAUCCGAGACCCAGAGAAGGGACACUCCCGCUCAAGGGCCCCUAGCCGAGAGAAGCCCGGGCCAGGGCUUUCUUCGCGUAUGUGGGAAUGCAGGCGCGCGCCCUUGGGGGGCACAGUGCAUACGGGAGCUGGGGCCGAAACCCAGCACUAACUGUGCUGUCUAGGGGAUCCAGACGGCACUAGGGGGCUGGACUCCUUACUGCCUCAGUUUCCCCAGCACUACCUUUGUUGAGGAAACGGAGAUGGGGAUACUGGCCGAACGCGCGCCUUCUGAGACACAGUCCGACUGCAUUUAGACGCCCGCAUCUCUCCGAAUCUGAUCGAGGCUCCUUUUUUCAAGAACCCGCUAUCUCCCAGCCCCUUAAAGUCCGGCCCUGCCGUUCGAGUCUCUCGGCGUUCCAUUGGAAAGACUCGGCGCUCCAGCUCCCUUCUCUAGAAUGAACUGCUCUGACUGCCGCCCAGCUUUCCCGGAGUGUUAACUGCGCAGGCGCAAAGGCAGCCAACCCAGUAAACGGAAGAGCUGGGUGCCGAUCACACUGGGCGGGUCAGGGGCGGUGAGCGUGCUAACCAAUGACUUGAGGGAGUAGGGGGCCGGGUUUGGGCCCUCAGUUGCUAAGCGCUACCCGAGUGGGAAGUGGUUCAAGAGAUGGGGUGAAGGGUGGUUCACCGGCUCUUCAAGUCACCAGCCUUCUGGCCCGCGGAAGUUAAGCAACCGAGAGGUGGGCCUAAGACCGGAAGCAGGAAGGAGGGCGCAGGAAGCAGGGCGCCGCAGCCUGUCGUACGGUCCUUCCGUGGAUCUGUUGGUGCCGAGGGCAGGAUGGAGAAGCUGCGGCUCCUGGGCCUCCGCUACCAGGAGUACGUGACUCGUCACCCGGCCGCCACGGCCCAGCUGGAGACGGCAGUGCGGGGCCUCAGUUACCUGCUGGCAGGUCGAUUCGCUGAUUCGCACGAGCUGUCAGAGCUGGGUGAGCCGGGCUCUGGGGGUGGGGGAUGGGGGAUCGGCUGCCUGGCCCCAGGUGAGUUCCCCAGAGCGGGUGAACACCCCAACCCGAGGUCCUGGACUGCCCGUUGGUUCUUGCAGUCGCUGUCCCAGCAGAAGCUGCUGACAUGGCUGAGCGUGCUGGAGUGCGUGGAGGUGUCUGUUCAAUGGAGAUCGGGCUGCCAGGUGUGGGGGAAGGUGGGCCGCUUUGUCAUCGCCCUCAUCCAACUGGCCAACCACCUCCCCACAGCCCUGACAUACUCCCGACCCAGGGCUGUACUGGGAUGCUCCUGCUGCUCUUGGUUCAGGCUGUAGGCUGGCCUCCAGACCUCACCCCCCAUCGUUCCACUGGACAGAGAGACCCAGGCACAGCCCCCGGAUGGUGACCACAGCCAUGGCAGCCAUGAGCAGUCCUACGUGGGGAAGCGGUCAAACCGGGUGGUGCGAACCCUCCAGAACACGCCGUCCCUGCACUCCAGGCACUGGGGAGCUCCCCAGCAGCGGGAGGGAUGGCAGCAGCAGCACCACGAGGAGCUGAGUGCGACCCCCACCCCCCUGGGGCUGCAGGAGACCAUCGCAGAGUUUUUGUACAUUGCCCGGCCGCUGCUGCACUUGCUCAGCCUGGGGCUGUGGGGUCAGAGGUCGUGGAAACCCUGGCUCUUGGCUGGUGUUGUGGAUGUGACCAGCCUGAGCCUCCUGAGUGACAGAAGGGGCCUGACCCGGAGGGAACGGCGGGAGCUGCGGCGCCGGACCAUCCUGCUGCUGUACUACCUGCUCCGCUCUCCGUUCUACGACCGCUUCUCUGAGGCCAGGAUCCUCUUCCUGCUCCAGUUGCUGGCCGACCACAUCCCUGGCGUUGGCCUGGUCACAAGGCCGCUCAUGGAUUACUUGCCCACCUGGCAGAAAAUCUACUUCUACAGUUGGGGCUGACAGACCUCCCGGAAGGAGGGUGUGGGGAGGGGCGGGGCAGGGGGCCCCCUUCCCUAAUAAAACUGACUCCAGCAGCGUCCCAGCGUGCGGCCUUUCCGUGCCUACCGGCCAGGCCCUGCACACAGCCCUGGUCGCCACCAGCGUUCUUCCCGGGACCCCCUUGACUGCGCCCUCCUGUGACGAUGCCACUGCAACCCGCACCUUGUCACUGCUGGGCCAAGAAGCCUUCACUAGGAGUGGAAUCCAGCCUCCUCUCCCACCGAAAGCGGUAACUUCACCUCAUGGAGCCCGGGAAGCCGCUUGCCUCGGCAGCCACAGGAGCGAACACUGCUGCUCUCUCGCUGGCCCCUGGUGAGGGCAGGAAGGCUGAACCUGGGUGAUGACCGAACGCUGCCCAGCGUGUCUUAUGGCCAGGGCCCUCUGCCUGCCCCUGCUCUGCAGGGCCGUGUGGCUCUGGCAGCCCAAGGCCAUGGUGUUGUCAGCCUCCCUAUGACAGAGCCUGGUGAACAGUGAGCCUGGCUCCCACGCAAGUGGCACUUCAAGCCCUGCCUCCUUGGUUGAGAGUAAAAGGCUUUUCUUCCUU